UAGGCAGUUCUGCAGGAAGGCUAGUGCUGGUGGUCAGCCUGAAUCAAAAGGAAGAAACCUGGGCGAUUUUAAGGGCAAUCAGACACGUGGAGCCAUUUGGGACACACUGCCCUAGAGACCCUCAAACUGUUUCCUUGGGACACCCAGCCCAUCUCUGGAGUUGGGACUACAAAGAAAACCUGAUGCCGCCUCUUCAGAUUGUCCCCUGUCGAUUACUCUCCUGGCUGUGUAGUGGACUGAAGUCUCCCGUCUCCACCCGAACCCGGAUUUGCCCGACGAUGGCUCGACCAAGUUCAAGUAUGGCUGAUUUUCGGAAGUUCUUUGCAAAAGCAAAGCACAUAGUCAUCAUUUCGGGGGCUGGCGUUAGUGCUGAGAGUGGGGUUCCGACCUUCAGAGGAGCUGGGGGCUAUUGGAGAACAUGGCAAGCUCAGGACCUGGCCACCCCUCAGGCCUUUGCGCGAAACCCAUCCCUGGUGUGGGAGUUCUACCACUACCGGCGGGAGGUGAUGCUGAGCAAGGAACCGAACCCCGGGCACCUCGCCAUCGCUGAAUGUGAGGCCCGGCUGCGUGGGCAGGGCCGCCGGCUUGUGGUCAUCACUCAAAACAUCGAUGAGCUGCACCGCAAGGCUGGCACCAAGAACCUUCUGGAAAUCCACGGUAGCUUAUUUAAAACCCGAUGUACCUCUUGUGGAGUUGUGGUGGAGAAUUACAAGAGUCCCAUUUGUCCAGCUUUAUUGGGAAAAGGGGCUCCAGAACCUGAAGCUCAGGAUGCCAGAAUCCCAGUGGAGAAACUUCCCCGGUGUGAAGAGGCGGGGUGCGAGGGCCUGCUGCGACCCCACGUGGUGUGGUUUGGCGAAAACCUGGAUCCUGCCAUUCUGGAGGAGGUUGACAGAGAGCUGACCCUCUGUGACUUAUGUCUAGUGGUGGGAACUUCCUCCGUGGUUUAUCCUGCCGCCAUGUUUGCCCCCCAGGUGUCUGCCCGCGGAGUGCCAGUGGCCGAAUUCAACAUGGAAACCACCCCAGCCACGAACAGAUUCAGGUUUCACUUCCAGGGGCCUUGCGGUACCACUCUUCCUGAAGCCCUUGCUCCUCAUGAAACUGAAAAUGUGUCUUAAUUGGCCCCGGGGAAAGAAGAAAUUGUGGCACAUCUAACUAAGUACCGGGCCACAAACAGAGGCGAAACAAUCAUGGGGAUGGUGAGCUAAAUGUUAGAAAAUCUAGAAAUAACCUCCGAUUCCCUGGCUGGAAUCCCACCUGAUGAUAAGUGAUGGCAAUUUAGAAGGAACAAUUUAGAAGGAACCACGCAAACGUGGUUAGAGGGAGAAGUCAAUGAACAGUGGAGUUGAUGCAAUGUUAUUUUGUGUGAACUUAAACACAAGAUAUCUCUGAUGUGUUUGGUUGGUUAUUGGAAGGGGAUAUUUUUGUGAUUAGAUUUUCUUUUAAAGAAGCAGUUGUGCUGAUUUUAUUGUUGCUAUCUGGGCAAAGAUAGGAGUAGAGGGGUCAAACCUUGGUAUUUCUAAUUUUUGUCAAGUUUUGGUGGAAAAUAAACUCACUCUCUACGGUA